UCUUGGAGUUUAGCAAAACAAGAGGAGAGCUCCUAAUUCUUUGUUCCUCCUUUGCUUAUCUCUCUAGUUCUGUAACAUCACUUCGGAUUCUAAUUGUACGCGAGAUCGAUCGAGGAAUUGAUUAGUGUAAGAUCAUAAGAAUGGGAAGAGCUCCUUGUUGUGACAAAGCUAAUGUGAAGAGAGGGCCGUGGUCUCCUGACGAAGAUGCCAUCCUCAAGACACACAUAGACAACCACGGCACUGGUGGCAAUUGGAUCACUCUCCCUCAAAAAGCAGGAUUGAAGCGUUGCGGGAAGAGUUGCCGGCUGAGGUGGCUAAACUAUCUGAGACCCGACAUCAAGCAUGGAGGUUUCACUGAGGAGGAAGACAACAUAAUCUGCUCUCUCUACUUGACCAUAGGAAGCAGGCAAGUGACCAUCUUGUGAUCCUGUCUUAUUAGUUCUGGAUAUUCCUCCCAUGUUGAUGUUCCGAUAAAACAAAGAUAGAACAGUGCCGAAUCUUGUUUUUCACAUAUCGAACAAUAUGUUCAUGGUUGUGUUUUCUCGACAGGUGGUCGGUGAUAGCCUCCAAUCUGCCAGGGAGAACCGACAACGACGUAAAGAACUACUGGAAUACGAGGCUGAAGAAGAAGCUGUUGGCAGCAGGAAUCAUUAGUUCUGAUUCCGCCAAGGUGGCUGAUAUCAACAUGACUAACUGCAACUUGAGAAGAGGCAUCAUCACCAAUAACUACGAGAAUCAUUCGGCUAGUUUGAUCACAAAUCCAUCAACAUCGUUGCCUCAUCAUCUUCUUCAUUCGAGUUCUUAUCACCAGGAAACGAGCUUCUUCAGCCCCAGUCCUUCCCUUCCAAGCCUCACAGAAGUUUCGGAUAAUACUAGCAAUAUCCCCAUUGCAAAUAUGGACUUCCACGUUUCAUCUUCUCAAGAACUUUCGAGUUCAUCCGGUUCUCCUGCCUUGGCGACAAUAAUGGACUCAUACGACGACUUAUCAAUUGACAAACUACUGGACUUGGACUUUGGGACCGUGUACGAAAUCUUGAGCCGCAGCUUUAGCUUCAAGCAAGAGACGAGCAGCCAUUUACUUGGUCCAUACACAAUUAAUUAGCUGUGAACUUCGCAUGCUCAUAGAUUGACCGGAUUAAUUCUUUGCGAAAGCAACAUGAUUUACUCAAGAGACAAACCUUAAUGUCUAGAUAGGAUAAAUUACGGGGUACAGAAUCACUUUUUACCAAUUAUUUUGAAUUAGCUUCUCUUGUGACCAAGCCUAGCUAGGUUGUUUCAAUUGUUUAAAUAAGAUUAUGAGCUGGAGUCCGCAUAGAUUGCUUCUGAUUGGUUUGUAACGUCCAAUUGAUCAUAUGAAACUC